AUCAAAGAAGCUGAAAUCAAAGAAACUAUUCCCGAUUCUCAAUAUGUGGAGCAAUUGGUCGCAAAAGAUUUGCCCGAAACUGUUCAGAUUUCAGAUGAAGACGAACUUUCACAAGCACAAACUGAACUGCAAGAGGCCUUAAUCAGCCAACAAAAACAAGAAUCUGAACUCAACAAAGAUUCUGAAGACAAAGUAUAUUUGGAUGGACAAGAAUCGAGCAAAACUGCAGAGACCUCAAAGGUAGAUGAAUUGCAAGUGGAAACUGAACAAAUGGCCAUCGUGGAAGAAGAAAACCUAAAGGAUAUUACGAUAAGCGAAGAAAAGCAAGAGUCUAAAGAAAUUGCUAUCGAAGACUCUUCCGAAGUCACCAAAGAUAUUGAGCAACUAGCCAAACAAAAAUGGUCAGAAACUGCACAGAUUUCUACAGAGAUGGAAUUUUCACAAGCACAAACUGAACAGUUUGCUGUGGUGGAGGAAGACAAAUCGCAACAAGUACUAAUAAGUGAGCAGAAAUUCAAACAAACUGAAGUUGCAAGUGAGGUUUCAAAAGAUGUGGAGCAAAUCACCAAAGAAGAUUUGACCGAAACGGUGCGAAAAUCAGAGGAAUCAGAUAUUGGCAAACCUCAAUCUCAAAUUAAACAGGUCAUUACCGAGGAAGAAGUCUCACUUGCUGAGAAUGCAGAGCAAUUGGUGAAUGAAGAAGAUUUGAGUUCAAUUGCACACGUUUCGAAAACAAAUGAACUUUUGCAAGCUCAGACUGAACAAAUUACCGUUUCAGAAGAGGAAAAACCACAAGAAACCGUUGAAAAAGUGCCAAUGGAAAACGUUGAACAUGUUAAAAAGAUCUCUGAAGAGGAUAGGCAAUUUGAAAUGCAAAUUGGUAAAACGAUCACAGCUGUGUUGGAAUGUGUUUCAUCGUCUAUUGAUUUGGUAUAUAAUUUGCCCAGUACCUGUUGUAUUCUGUUGAAUUCUUGCGAUCAAGAUAUUUUAUUGAACACUCUGCCAAUAAUAAAACGUCUUAAAAAGUGCGUAAACGAUAUCAAAACUGGCGAUUUGUUGCAACAAUCAAACUUUGUCGACCAUUUAACGUUAUACAUUUCGGAAACUAAGCCAUUGAUCAAAGAUCUUGUUGCAGCCAAUUCGAAAGGAAACGCUUCAUACGAAAUUCAACAAAUUCUGUUGUCAAUAAAAGAAUUGAAUACAUUCUGUGGGAAUGUUCGACGAGACUUAAAAUCCGAUCAAACGUUACAAAAGCAAAAAGCAAUUAAAAACCUAUCCGAAAUGAUUGUAAAUUUGCAAAACUUGAAUGUAUUGCUUGGUGUGUUGAGUGGAAUAACACCUACGGUUGUUGACACAAUAGAUAUUGGCAUGCUACUUGAUGAGAGUAUCGAAGAUGAAAAUGCAAGUGUAAUCAUUAAAGAUCGGUCUGAUGUAGAAGAGGUGGCACCCGAAAAACCACAAAGAAAACCGAAAGCUGUGAAAGAGAGUGAAAAACCGUCAUCGGCGGACUUGAAGUUGAGCAUCCAAAAUGCCAAAGAAUCCGAAGUAUCACAAUUGGUUAGUUCAUCGUCUGAUUUGAUUACGUCACCCGUAAGUCAUGAAACGGGCACAAUUAGCACCUUAGAGAACAUUCUCCAAGACUUUGCUGAAGUUGGAGUCUCAACUGUCUCAGUAAGUCAAGCAAAACUUCAAGAAGUUGAAGAAAAGCCAACAGUUCCCAAAAGAAGAACUUCAAAGAAAAUAUCAGAAGAUGAACCAAUAACAGAUUUGAAUCACAAAUCAAUAAUUGAAAGUGAUGUUGCACCAGAAAAGCCAAAACGCACCAAAGUUGAUAAAAAACAAAAAUCCACUGAAGAUGACAGUCAAAAUAAAGAGAAAGCAUUUGAAGCUAUACAAACAGACGAUAAAGCAAUGGAACAAAUUGAGGCUACUCCACAAACAGUGGAACCGAUUGUUAUCGAAAAAGAUGAGGUAAAUGCGAUCGGUAUUGAAAGUGAAAGUUCAACAAUUCAAAAGGAAGAGGAGUUGAUGGUUGAAAGUGAAAAGGCUAGCAAAAGUGAUGUCCAAAAAAGUACCACUGAUGUCAAAGAAAAAUCUCCGGAAAGAAAAAAAUCAGAGCAAAAAUUAAGCGAUGAGAAAAAGAAGAAACGAAAGAAAUCAAUGCGACUUGAUGAAGGAUCUCCACCUAAAGAGGUCGAGGAAAUAUCAAAUGCAACGGCUCCAAUUGAGCAAAGCAUUGAUAAAUCCGAGUCUGAUGAAUCAGAAACCAAAAUCGAAUCUCAGGUGAAAAUUCCCGAACAAUCCACCGAUCAAAUCCAAAGGCCUGAAAAAAUCGAAGUAAUUGAAAAGAAAGAAGACUCACCCAAACCAGAAGAGAGUAAGCCAGAUUCACGGAAAAGCAAGAAAUCUGAAAGAAAAUUGAGCGGUGAGAAAAAAAUUGAGCGAAGGAAAAAAUCACUUCGAACAGCGGAAGAAAAAACUGAAGAGCCAUUAAAGAACGAAAAUGUUGUGCAAUUAACCGAAGAAGAUUUGACUGCGACUGCUAAGAUUUCGAAGCAAGAUGAACUUUUGCAAGCGCAAAUUGAACAAGUUGCUGUUGUGAAAGAAGAAAAAUUACAAACCAUUUCAAUGAGUGAAGAUGAAAAUGUUGAAGAGACCAAACAAACCGCCAUCAAAGAUGACAAAGAUCUAGCAAGAGAAAAAGCCAAACUUGAAGAUAAAAACAUAGAUAUUACAUCUCCUGAUCAGACUGAAAAAGAGAUGAAAACUGCAGAGCAAGGAAAAGAAAUUGUGGUAAAAUUUGAUGAUAGCAAGCUAGAUGAAAAUAAGUCAUUGAAAGACUCAACUGAAGAAACGAAAAAAUUGGCUGAAAAAGAAGUUGCUUUGGAGCCCCAAAACGUUGAAGAAAAGAAGGCGAAUUCACUUGAAAAAUCCUCAAACGAUUCUAUCGAGCAAUCUGAUAAAGAACAACAGUCGCAAGGUGAAAAGGUCACAAUUACAGAUGCGGCGAAAUUCGAAACCGAACAAAAAGUAAAGGCUGUCGAUACGAACUUAGUGAAACACACUUCCGAAAAAUCCGAAGAAAAGAUUUCAGAAAAGAAAAAACUGGAAAAUGAAAAAACGAUCGAAAGUGAAACUGAAAAAAGUUCCACCGGUGUCAAAGAAAAGAGUCCAGAAAGGAAAAAACCAGAGCGCAAAUUAAGCGACGAAAAAAAGAAAAAACGAAAAAAAUCAAUGCGAUCUGACGAGGGUUCUCCACCAAAGGAGGUCAAAGAAUCUCAAGACAAAUUGAAUGAAAAAUCGAAUGCAGCGGCUGAAAUUGAGCAAAGCGUUGAUAAAAUCAAGUCUGAUGAAACAAAAGUACAAACUGAAAUCGAAUUGAAAAAGUCCAAUCGACCAAGUGAAGUGGCUCAAAGUGUGACUGAACAAAUUGAUACAAAUAAAAUGGAGGAGGCAGCAUCACCCAAAACAAAAGACGGCCAACUCGAUUUUGAAGAGGCCAAAAAGCCAGACCGUAAGUUGAGCGCUGAAAAGGUGAAAAAACGAAAAAAGUCACUUCGAUCUGAAAAUAAAGAAUCCAAAGAGACACUUGCACCCGAAAAUGUUUCAACUUCUUUUGAUAAAGACGAAAUAACGUCAUCGGAGACGGUUGGUGUACAGCAGAAUACCGAUGAAAAAUCAAUUCGUGAUCAAAUUGAAAGUGAAAAGGCUACUUUUAACGCAAUCGAAACCAGUAAAGAAUUGAUUGAUAAAUCGGAAUUCGAACAAAUAAAAGAAACGAAAUUUGAUGUGAGUGUAAAAGAGACGGCAUCAGAAAAUGAAUCAAUUCCAACGCCGACACCAAGAGCAAGAAAAAAGUUGUCAGUAAUUGAGCGGCCAAUAUUUGAAAGUCAAUUAACGAAUCGUAACCUUUUAUAUGGAUCAUCUGCAAAAUUAACAUGUAGCUAUACUGGUGUGAACAUACGCGUGCAAUGGUUCAAAGAUGGUCAAUUGUUGAAAUCAAGCGAUAAAUUAAUCAUAAAUACGUCUCAAGAGGGAAUCACGAGUCUCCGUAUAAAUGGCACAACACCAAAUGAUGAUGGCCAAUAUACAUGCGUUCUUUCCAAUUCGCACGGUGAAUGUGAGUCAAAUGCUAUAGUUACCGUCUUUGAACCGCCGAAAGAAAUUGAGCCGGUGAAAAGAGAGCGCAGACGAAGUUCAGCAAGUUCACAAAUUCAAUUAGUCGAAUUGCCAAAAUCUGAAUCACAAGCAAAAAUAUUGCGAAAACCAUUCAUCGAAACGAGAUUACGCAAUCGAACAGCUGAUUUGGGAUCGAGUGUGCAAUUGAUGUGUAGUUUCAGCGGUGCCGAUUAUCAAAUCAAAUGGCAACGGAAUGGAUAUGAAAUUCGUGCUGAUGGAGCCAAAUAUAAAAUUAGUGAAUCCGAAGGUUUUGCAUAUUUGAGCAUUUUAAAAGUGGAAAAAGAAGACCAAGGUGAAUACAAAUGUAUCAUAUCAAAUGCAAGCGGCCAAACUGAAUCAACGUGUGACAUUAAAAUCCAUGAUGAUGAAUCAUCGAAAACAAAUGAACAAUUGAAACGAAAAGCGAAGAAAAAUGAACAUAAUUACCUGAAAGCUUCGGCCAAAGCAGCUACAACCGAACCAAUCACUUUGGAUACAAUCAAAGAUUCAGCAAAACAUUCGGACCAUUCAUUUGAACGGUUAAUUCGUAGUAGCCGAGCACCAAGUCCAUUCCAUCGUGAAUUCACAUCAUCAUACCGAGAAAUGCGCCCGCCUGUCAACGAAACAAAAUCAAUUCGAAUUCGUGAUAGUUUACCCAUAACAAUGCCAUACCGUUCGAAAUCUUAUCACGGUGAUUUAAGUCGCAUAGCUGCUAAGCCGUCAAUUACAAACAAUCUUCGUUAUGAUGAUCACCAAACUGAUCUAUACAGAAGCUAUCGCUCAAUGUCGCGUAGUGCAAACAAUCUUAAUGCAAGCAACAGUUCACGGCCUAGUAUAUCAAGUUUUCAUUCAUCUUAUGUGCAUGCAUAUUCACGGCAUCACAGCCAUCACAAUCACAACCUACCGAUUAUAUCAUCACAAAGUCCGGUGCAAAUAAAUAAUCGAAGUCGUUUCCGUGCACGUAACGCCUACAAGGCAUAUCGCAGUCGAAGUGCAAAUCGACUUGAUGAACGUGAUUAUUCAAUGUCACGCACUAUUCGGUCGUCAACACCGAGCACUCGAUUGUCGUCUUCUAGUUCACACUUUAGUAUAUCUCAAGAUUUGCAUUCAAGUUCGCGAUUUUCCAAAUCACUUACCGACAUUCGUACGCUUCAAUCGCGAAUUAAUAAUGAGCUGUUACGUCCAUUGGCACGUGAUAGCUCAUCUGUUCGCCAUAUUGACGAUAGCUCUGAAUUGGCGGCGAAUCACAUUUUAAAUCCCGACAUUUAUGUUCGAUGGCUGAAAAAUAAGUGGGAUAUGGAAGAAAGUUUCCGUCGACAACGCAGUAUGUCAGCACGAUCGCAUAUCGAUCACUAUGCAAGUUUGGCCAAGAGUCGUUAUCGCGACGCCUCAUAUCCGGCACGAAUGAAAUACCAUUCGCAUAGCUCACGGCAUCAUCCUGAUAUGCCAUUCUUUUCGAAAACGAUCAGAGAUACAUAUAAUCUUCAUGCAAAUGAAUUGGUGUUGGAUUGUCGAGUACGUGGCGAACCACGGCCAACAACAACUUGGACAAAAGACGCCAACUUUAUCGACACAAAUGAUAUAAACAAAUAUCAACAAAUCGAUCAACCAGAUGGUUUGUGCCGUCUUGUCAUCUUUAAUCCAGAAGAAAAAGAUAGCGGUUUGUACGCGUGCAAGGCAGAUAAUUCGGCUGGAGAUGAUAAAACAUCACAUAAUGUUAUAUUCAAAGGUGCAAAUUCGUACAUAAAUGAAAAACUACACGGUUAUGUUCAUCGUGAUCCAAAUAAGCCACAAUUCCAAAAUCAAUUGGGCAAUCAUUUGGUCACUGCUGGCGGUACAAUUGCUUUGCAAGCCGAAAUCAUCAACGAACCAUCCGAAGUGAAUUGGCUAUGCGAAAAAGUGCCAGUUGUAUUGGGCGAUAAAGUACGCAAAAUAAACGAUCACGGUGUUUAUACAUUGGUGGUGACUGAUGUGACUCAAGAACAAACCGGAACAUAUACAUGUCAAGCCAUUAAUGCGUUUGGAAAAACAGAGGCUGUUGCACAUGUUCACAUUGUCGGACCAUCGGUCAAAGGCGGCAAAUGUCCAUUGUUCUUAUCACGUCCAGAUAGCGAAAUGAAAAUUCAAACGGGCGAUCCAUUCUCAUUCUCGUUCCGAGUUAUCGGAGAUCCAAAACCAAAAUUGAUUCUCUUGAAAGGAAUACGUGACAUUACACAAAACGAUCGCACUUUGAAGGAGGCUCAUGAUGAUUUCAUUCGAUUUAGUGUGCAGAAUUCAAAGCCAACUGACUCAGGCACCUAUUGCAUUGUGGCCAGAAAUCAACAUGGCACCGAUCGUACAUUUGUUAGCAUAACGGUUAAAGAAAGGGCUCGAUCUAGCACACCACUCAGAUCGAAUUGGUCAUAUAUUGGCGAUGAAUACGCGGAUGUCUCAUCAUAUCUUAAAAAUCCGCCGGCGACAAUAUCAUCGGAACCGAUUGUUAUCGACAAUGGUAAGAGUCAUUUAUCAUUAUCCUGGGGUAAACCGAUUUGUAUUGAUGCCGCACCGGUUAUUGCUUAUCGGGUUGAGGCUUGGUUAAUUGGAGCUGAAGGCGGUGCCAGAUGGUGUGAAUUGGGCAUUACUCCAAUCAAUUGUUUCGAUGUAUUUAAUUUAAAACCGGGUGCACGAUAUCAUUUUCGUGUUACGCCACGCAAUCGGUACGGAUGGGGACAUUCAGUUCAAACAUCAAAUGCAGUUACGGUCGGUGCUUUUGCCAUACUACCCGAAUUUACGAAAAUUUUACCGGGACAAUUGAAAGUAUUAUUGGGUAAGGAUUUUUCAUUGGAAUGCAUUUACAAAGGCAGUCCAAAACCAUCCAUCGUAUGGUAUAAAGAUGAAAUUCCAUUGAGCUCCGAUCACGAACGAAUUACAAUGAAAAUGGUGGGAACAUCAACGUGUCGUUUGGAAAUUCGAAAUGUACAACCAAGUGAUACGGGCAGAUACAUUUGCCAAUUGACCAAUUCACAAGGACGUGUAUCCACAUUUGCACGACUACAAGCCGUUGCUGACUACAAAAUUUACGAAGUUGAUAAUAUACUGAAGCAAAGAGUUAAUGGAGAUUCGGAUAUAACGGAAGAUACAUUGCCACAAUUUGCAAUGAGAUUGCGUGAUCGACGUGUACAAAUGUCAUAUCCGGUACGUUUGACAUGUCAAGCUGUUGCAUGGCCUGCACCCAACAUAACGUGGUACAAAGACUCACAAGUUAUUACAGCAAAUGAACAUUAUGUGAUUUUAAAUGAAGACGCAUUCAGUACAUUGGAAAUAACGCGUUGUACACUUGAUGAUACUGGCAGUUAUACCGUUACGGCCGAAAAUGAGCAUGGUUCGGUUUCGUGUCAUUGUAAUUUGAUUGUUGAUAAAGGUAUUCGAGCUUAUAUUGCGCCUGAAUUUUUGGGCUCCUUAGAACCGGAAUACAAGGUCAAAAUUGGACACGAAAUCCGAUUGUGUGCACAGAUCGAAGCGUAUCCAUCAGUUGGUGUGAAUUGGUAUCGAAAUGGAAUCCGUAUACGGCCCAGUCGUCGCAUUGUGCCAACACUUGAUGACGAUGGAUUUGUUGAAUUAGUCAUAUCAAAUGCAACAUUGGAUGAUGCGGGCGCCUAUAAAAUUGUCGCAACAAAUGCCGUCGGAAAGGCAGAUUGUAUGUGUAACGUAAUUAUUGAAAAUUGUGAUAGCAAUGGCAUGAACAUUCCAAGCAUUUUCGAGCCAAAUAUGCCAUACUCAAAAGAACCAAUGUUCGUUAAGAAACCACGAUCGUUUGAAGCCAACGAAGGUGACACGGUGAUAAUAACACUGUGUGUAAUUGGCGAUCCAAAGCCUGACAUUGUUUGGCUACGAGAUUUUCUAAAGCCUGAAUAUUAUAAGGAUGCUCCACAUUUCCGUCGCAUUGGUGAUGGGCCUGAAUAUCGUUUAGAAAUACCGCGUGCGAAAUUGGACUAUACUGGCACAUAUACAGCAAUUGCUUCUAAUUGUCAUGGUGAAACCAGAGCCAUAAUUUCCCUACAGAUUUAUGCAAAGGACCUGAAUAACACAAUGGAUAAAACAAAGAAUAUUACGCAUGGGAAUAUUGAAACAUUGCCGAUAUUCAAGCGGCAAUUGAAAGAUGUUCGGUGCUGUGAUGGUGACAGUGUUCGUUUGGAAUGUCAUGUAGAAGCAAUGCCAGAGCCAAUCAUUAUUUGGGAGAAGGAUGGCAGAAAAUUACAAUCAAGUAACGAUUUUAACACAUCUUACGAUGGCGGCCGCGCGAUAUUGUCAAUCAGACGUGUUUAUCCAGAAGAUCAAGGCGUAUAUAAAAUAUAUGCAUCAAACAGUAUUGGCAAAACAUUUUCAUCGGCUUGUAUAAUUGUUGAUGUGGCUGAAGAAAAAGAGAAUUUAGUGAGUCGUCAGUUAACAAGACCGAGUGGUUUAUUAUCAGCAAAUUCGACUCCAAGAUCCACACCGAGGGCAACUCCGAUUCGGAGUAUGUCGCCAAUGUCAAUGUCCUAUCGAUCGACUAGUAUCAAUGUAACACAUCAACGUCACAAUAAAUUUAUGUCACCGAAAUUUUAUGCAGUACCACAUAGUCGGGUGGCUGAAGAGGGUGAGACGGUGCAAUUUCAAUGUGCAAUUGCCGGUCAUCCAAUGCCUUGGUCAACGUGGGAUAAAGAUGGUCAAAUUGUAACACCAACCACACGAAUAACCAUCAAAGAACGCGAUGAUCUACGAAUCUUAGAAAUUGAGGAAGUUACACACGAAGAUGCUGGCCUCUAUCGUAUUACGCUUGAAAAUGAAUACGGUCGCAUUGAGGCAACGGCUCGUCUCGAUAUCAUCGGAAGUGGCCGAAGUGCAGCUGGUCGUGGUUUACGUAUUGGUUCAUCGCCAAGACGUAAUAUAAGUGUGUCACGACGUUUAAUGGGCAGCUCAACACGAAUUGGCGGGCGACUUACAUUGGCUGCCAAUUUUCGUGGCACAUCGGCACCAACACGAAAAUUUUAUCAUAAUGGAAAUGACAUUAAUUUAGAUGAUCCACGCAUUAAAAUCGAUACCAACGACGAUAUGAGCAUUAAUUUAAUUAUCGAUAAUGUACAAACAAAAGACGAAGGCAUUUACACACUGAUUGCGGAGAAUGAGCACAGCAUUGCUGCAUCAUCAACUUAUGUGACAUUAUUCCAAGACGAAAGUGAAAUUGUAAAACAGGCACCCGAAUUUGUGCGAACACUUGAAUCAAUUAAAAAAAUUGAAAGUGGACAACACUUGGAUUUAACGUGUCAAGUGCAAAGUUUUACACCAUUCGAAGUCCAGUGGAAAUACAAUUCGAAAAUGAUUCCAGCCACUACACAAGACUACCGUUUAAUUGACCAUGGUGAUGGAUUAAUUGCGUUACGCGUGUUAAAUCCAUUGGCGAUUGAUUCCGGUUUUUAUACAUGCAUGGUUGCAUCGGAAUAUGGAUGCUGUUCAACAUCAUGCGAGGUUACAAUCAAAGAAGCCGAAGAAGUAAUGCGUGAAACGAUUCCAACAUUCAUGGAGGAGCCCGUUCCGGUUGUUGCAAUGCACGGUUCGGUUGUAUCAUUUUGUGCUCGAGUGUCGCCAGUCGCAUCCAAAGUUAAAUGGUUCGUUUGUGGUCGCGAAAUUACAGAAAAUUCACGUGGCACCAUUAUUGAGAGUAACGACGACGGUUUGAGAAUUCUUCAUAUACUUGGCGUUGAGCAUCGUUACAGUGGUGAAAUUCAGUGUAUCGUUUAUAAUCCAUUGAAUGCCGUGCUGGCGCAACGCUCGUGCUAUACCGAUUUGGCUGUAUUACCGCGGCCCGCUCAAUUGGCAACCGUUGAAUUCGAACCAGACCCAAGCGCAUUUUUCAUCAACUCAAAAUCAAUUCAUUGUGGCGACUUGCAUGCAAACCCAUCGAUUACGCAACAAGCAUUUAAGACAAUUGCUGAUGUUCCAGCCUAUCUUAUUCGUGGUCCAGACGAUUGUACCGCAUUAAUUGGUGGAACGGUUUGUUUGACCGUCACUUAUGGUGGAUAUCCGAAACCAUCUAUCAAAUGGCUACGAGCUGGUCACGUAUUGACUGAAAGUGAAGACAUUGAAAUAAAAAUCGGCAACGGAUCGUCAAUGCUACUAUUGACAAACAUUCAAGCCGAUCAAAGUGGUAAAUAUACGGUUGAAGUGAUGAAUUUACAUAAUUGCGAUGUUGCAGCGGCUUCGGUUGCCGUUGAAAGUACACCAGACCCGCCAAGUGGUCGACCGUGCAUUUCUCAAGGAGUUGAUCGUGUAUCGAUCGCAUGGUGUGGCCCACCAUAUGAUGGAGGUUGCAUUAUCACUGGUUUUAUCCUUGAAGUACAGCAGGGAGAGCACGAAUGGCAAGAAUAUGCAACAAUUGUUGACAGUUUGGCAUAUACAAUCAAAGAUUUACAACCAGGAAAUGCAUAUCGAUUUCGUGUACGAGCUGAAAAUGUUCAUGGUCGCAGCGAACCAAGUUUGUGCAGCGAUGUUGUUAUGAUAAAUGCCAACAAUGGCCACAAUAAAAUUGCUAACAUUUUAUCGACGAUGAAUAUGACCAAUGAAAAUCCGGAAAUAAAUGAAGAUUCAAUUGAUGGCAACGAAAUUAUUGUUCGACAGGGUGGUGAUUUUAAAGCGAGAUUUAUUUUGGAAGAGGAACUUGGUAAAGGUCGAUUUGGUGUCGUACAUCGUGUGGUCGAACGCGAAACCGGUCAAGUGUUGGCGGCUAAAAUUGUAAAGUGUAUCAAAGCAAAAGAUAAAUUAAAGAUUCAAGAAGAAAUUUCCAUAAUGCGAGCACUUCGACAUCCGAAACUUCUUCAAUUGGCGGCCGCAUUUGAAACAACCCGUGAAAUGAUUAUGGUCAUGGAAUACAUAACCGGCGGUGAGCUCUUCGAACGUGUUGUGGCUGAUGAUUUUACAUUGACCGAACACGAUUGUAUUCUAUUUAUUCGUCAAAUAUGCGAGGGUGUUGAUUACAUGCACUCUCAAUCAAUCGUACAUUUGGAUUUGAAGCCAGAAAAUAUUAUGUGUCACACACGAACGAGUCACAAAGUAAAAAUUAUUGAUUUUGGAUUGGCGCAACGAAUUGAAAGCGAUAGUCCCAUUCGUGUCAUGUUCGGAACGCCAGAAUUCAUAAGUCCGGAGAUUUUGAAUUAUGAACCGAUCGGAUUCAAGUCAGACAUGUGGAGCGUUGGCGUUAUUUGUUACGUUUUAUUGUCUGGCCUUUCACCAUUCAUGGGUGACUCAGAUGUGGACACAUUUGCGAAUAUUACUCGAGCUGAUUAUGAUUUUGAUGAUGAAGCAUUUGAAACGGUAACACAGAAUGCUAAAGAUUUCAUUUCCAGUUUGUUGGUGCAUAGAAAGGAGGAGCGAUUAUCGGCCAAACAAUGUUUGGAAUCAACAUGGUUAUCACAACAAAAUGAUGAUUCAUCAAGUAAAAUACGUAUUUGUACAGAUAAACUAAAGAAGUUCAUUAUUCGCCGUAAAUGGCAGAAAACUGGAAAUGCAAUUCGUGCCUUGGGACGCAUGGCUACACUGUCGGCCAAUUCUCGUCGAAACUCAUCCACAUCGACGGUUGCAAAUAGUCCACGGCCAUCAAAUGGUAACGGAAAUCACGUAACGGAAUCAUUAAAACCAUCAAUGCUGCCAUUAAAUGAAGAAGAAAUAAUAUCCGAACCAAUUCCAUUGCCUCCGCCGCCAAACGCACAAAAGCUAUCAACUGAUCAAAUCGAUAAUAUGAACGACGGUCAGUUGCAUACAGUGAUUGAUCAGUUGCCGGUCAUGUUGUCCAACGGAUCGAAGGAAAAAUGUGAAAAACUCAAAACAUGCACCGAACGAAGUGACAGUGGAUUCAGUGAAUGUUCAAACAUUAGUAAUGGAAAUGCAUCGAGCAAUGGUGCUCAUGCAUCGUCAAAUGUAACCGCAACGCAUCCAUUGUUUGAUAAAAUCAAUUCGAUCUUAGAAGAAAAAUCGAAUAAUGAUCAGUCUCAGCGUGAUUGCAGUGCAAAUAAUGUGAAAGAAUUCAAUGGUAUGGUAUCGGUGAAUAUGUUAAAACUGAAAUUAGAAAAAAUGGCCGAGGCUCAUCAAGAAAGCAAAGUAUUUGUUCAAACGCAUAAGAAAUCAGUAAAAAAACUAUCAGCACCACAUGUUGUUGAGUCAAAUGAUUCAAUGGAAGAAACAAAAAUCGAACAAAAAAUGGAUUCACAACAAAUGCGCACAUCGUACUCAUUUGAUUUUGACGAUGUUGAUUUCACACAAGAUGCAGAAGAUCAACCGAAAUCGUUGCCAAUAAAACCGGCACAAAAAUCAUUGAUGCGUUCGGCAAGUUUGCAUCAAAAGCGUAUCGUUGAAAAGGAACCAAUUAUGAGAUCUGAUUUUACAAAUACCGUUAAAAUGCGUAAAAAGAGCCUUGAAAGCAGUGCAUCUCGUGAAAAACAACCGCAUUCACAACGCAUCCUACUCGAACAAUCAGGUAAGGUAUCAAAACUAUUGCGUCGUUUCGAUUCACAAAAUUCAUCACCAAAUGAUGAUACAAAUUCAACAUCGGAACCAAUAAUUCAAACACCCGACAUUGAUGUUUUGGCGAACGAGAUGAAAAUGGAUGACAUUAUCAAAGUGGACACAUCAAAACAUGAUAAUGAAAUAAUUGAAAUUCUUAGCACACCAAUGGCAGCAGCAGCACAACCAUCCUCGCCGUUGCCAUCGUCGAAGACACGAAAAUCACCAUCGAAAAUUGCAAAACCGAUCGUAAGUAGUAGUGGUAGCAUGAAACGAAUUGUUGCAAGUAAACUUGAAUAUACUAAUACAAAAACGUGUGUAACCAGCAUGGAAGUGAAAGUUUCAUCACAACGUCAUUCGCCUACUAAAUUUGCUAAUGCACAAAAUAUGUCUGUAAAUCGCGCCACCCCAAAAGCCAUUUCAAAUCAAUUAAAAAAUUCGAAUUCACUAAAAAAAAUGCAAAAAUCUACACCAGUUGAUGCAUCAACAGUUGCCGGUCAGCGUACAUCGCGUAGCAACAACAACGCAACAACCAACAAAACAUCAGCCUAUUCAAGUUUUAAUCGAACAUCGCCAGUACGCUUAAGCGGACGCGUAAAAGAGGUUACGGAUCGUUUGUCAGCACCUAAAGCAGCAAUUGCCAUGGAAUCGACGCCAAUUCGAGACCGUCUUGCUGUUAAACAUCCAGCCAAAAAUUCAAAUUUAAAACAUUCAAUGGCAAAUUCGGUUGCACAUCAACACCAUCAAAUGACAAUGAGCGGCACCAUUGAACAGCAUAUUGUAACUGUUGCCGAAGCAGUUAUCGAAACCGAACAUCAUGUUGAACAUUCGGUUAAUGGCAAAAUUGACGGAACCUUCACAUUAAAAAGUAAAAUGAACGAAAAUUUCCGAAAAGCAUCGGCUUUUUGGAAAGCAACUUAACUCUUCAAAACGACAUAACGAAUCGACAAUAUAGUCCAAUAAUAAAGGAUUGGUGUCCUAGUCAUUAAGUUUUUCAUACUUUUUUUUUGAUAGAUAUUAAACGAAAUUUUUCUGAUCGAGACAUUUUUUUUUAUCGAAAAUUGAGAAAGAAGUGACAAUGCAUCUUUUUUUAAAAAUAAAACGCCAUUUAUCAAGUUCAAUUGGUAUACCGAUUCAACGGUACAUAGAGUGCCGAAUUUCAUCUAUCAAAAUAAAAAUCAUCACACUAUUUAUAAAUGCAUAUCGAUUGUGACGAUCGUUUAACGAUAAUGUUUUAUUGAAACGAUGAAUUGUUUACCCAUUUAUUGAAACCGAAUAUUAUAUUUAAAAAGAAAAAAAAAAAGAAAUUAAAAAAAAGUCCUGAAAUAUAUUAUAUGGAGAAUUAAUUAUCUGAUUUAAGUUUUUUUAAACGCAUUCGAAUUGAAAAUUGAAUCAAAAAAUGACGUCUUGGCCCUGAAUCCGUUAAAAGAGUGAUUGCAAGAAUUUUCCUCUCUCGCUCGAAAACCCAAUAUCAACAUGGAACGUCAAUUCUAUAUUAUUAUUAUUAUUUUUAUCAACAAUAUUCUGCGUAUUUAUUGUAAAAAAAAUCAUUUUAUGCGGUCUUCAUAAUCAAUUUUUAUUGUUCAAUUAUGAUUAUUAUUUAUAAAUAACAUAAAUACUUUGCAAAUACACAUACAGUUCUUCUAUUGAUA